UAAAACGCUUCAGAGAACCAAAGCAUGAAAGACGCCCCUGGAGGAUAUGGUUUUUAGAUACUUCCAAGCAAGCAAUAGGGAUGUUGUUCAUCCACUUUGCAAAUGUCUAUUUAUCAGACCUUACAGAAGAAGACCCUUGUUCACUGUACCUUAUCAACUUCUUGUUAGAUGCCACAUUAGGAAUGCUGUUAAUCUACAUUGGUAUACGUGCAGUCAGCGGCAUUGUGGAAUGGCAGCAGUGGGAGUCUCUUCGCUUUGGUGAAUAUGGUGACCCACUGCAGUGCAGUGCUUGGGUGGGCCAAUGUGCUCUGUACAUAAUGAUUAUGACAUUUGAGAAAACCAUCAUCAUUAUAGUGCUUCUUAUACCUCAGUGGAAAGAGGUAGCUUUAUUGAAUCCUAUAGAGAACCCGCAGUUGGAGCUGGCUAUCGUCAUGCUGAUAGUUCCCUUCUUUGUUAAUGCAUUAAUGUUCUGGGUAGUAGAUAAUUUUCUUAUGAAGAAAGGGAAGACAAAAGCUAAACUUGAAGAAAAGGAGGCAGGACAAGAUUCAAGAAAUGGAAGUAAAGUCCGAUACAGGAGAGCAGCAUCACAUGAAGAGUCAGAGUCAGAAAUCCUUAUUUCAGCAGAUGAUGAGAUGGAGGAAUCGGAUGCUGAAGAGGACCUGCGUAGACUGACCAACUUAAAGCCCAUUAAGAAAAAGAAGCAUCGUUUUGGUCUGCCUGUAUGA